AUGUAUGAACUUUUUCACAAAGCUCGACAUGUUCCACGGCCUCAGCCAGAGAUGGUGGAUUUACCCGAUGAGCAUCCAAAUUGGAUGGAUAUUACGGACCCAAAUGAGCUUCAAAGGGUAUCGAUACAACUAGCUGAAGAUCCAUACUUACUUGAGAACGCUCCAGCCACCUCAAAAGACCUCUCAGAGGAAGAGGAUCUGUCAGAAGACGAGGAGAACAAUGAUAUUGAGGAGGUUGAAGUGUCUUAUGCUUAG